AAGUGAGAAGAAAUUAGGGUUGGGCUUUCCUCAUCUUCUCAAAAUCUCUCCCCUCUUCGCGGCGUUCCAUUUGCGGGCAUCGGUUCUCUUUCGCCGCCGUGCGGAGAGAGAAAAAGCGGGAGUGAGGGGUGGGAAGAAAGAGGGGUAGGGUUUUAGAAGGGGGUAGAGAUGAGGGAGAUCAUCAGCAUCCACAUUGGGCAGGCGGGGAUCCAGGUUGGUAACUCUUGUUGGGAGUUGUACUGCCUAGAGCACGGGAUCCAACCCGAUGGCAUGAUGCCAAGUGAUACGACAGUGGGUGUUGCUCAUGAUGCUUUCAACACCUUCUUCAGCGAGACAGGUGCUGGUAAGCAUGUUCCAAGAGCAGUGUUUGUAGAUCUGGAACCAACCGUGAUCGAUGAGGUGAGGACUGGUGCUUACAGACAACUCUUUCAUCCAGAACAAUUGAUUUCUGGAAAGGAAGAUGCUGCAAACAAUUUUGCUCGAGGACAUUACACAGUGGGAAAGGAGAUUGUGGACUUGUGCCUUGACCGGGUUAGAAAAUUAGCAGACAAUUGCACUGGUUUGCAGGGUUUCUUAGUUUUCAAUGCUGUCGGUGGUGGCACUGGAUCUGGAUUAGGCUCUUUGUUGUUGGAGAGGUUGUCUGUGGACUAUGGAAAGAAAUCAAAACUUGGCUUUACCAUCUAUCCUUCCCCACAGGUUUCCACAGCAGUUGUUGAGCCAUACAACAGCGUCUUGUCCACUCACUCCUUGUUGGAGCACACCGAUGUUGCUGUUCUUUUGGACAACGAGGCCAUUUAUGAUAUCUGCAGGCGUUCUCUUGAUAUAGAGAGGCCGACUUACACGAACCUAAACCGUUUAAUCUCUCAGAUCAUUUCAUCCCUGACCACAUCUCUUAGGUUUGAUGGAGCCAUCAAUGUUGAUAUCACCGAGUUCCAGACCAACCUCGUACCUUACCCCCGAAUCCAUUUCAUGCUUUCUUCAUAUGCUCCGGUCAUCUCUGCUGAAAAAGCAUACCACGAACAACACUCUGUUCCUGAGAUAACUAAUGCCGUGUUCGAACCCUCGAACAUGAUGGCAAAGUGCGACCCAAGGCACGGGAAGUACAUGGCUUGCUGCCUAAUGUACCGUGGAGAUGUUGUCCCCAAGGACGUUAAUGCUGCCGUCUCCACAAUUAAAACAAAGAGAACAGUUCAAUUUGUUGAUUGGUGCCCAACUGGUUUCAAGUGUGGAAUCAACUAUCAGCCUCCUACAGUUGUUCCUGGAGGAGACCUUGCCAAGGUGCAACGUGCGGUUUGCAUGAUCAGCAACAACACUGCGGUGGCUGAGGUGUUCUCCCGCAUUGACCAUAAAUUUGAUCUCAUGUAUGCAAAGCGUGCUUUUGUGCAUUGGUAUGUUGGAGAAGGAAUGGAGGAAGGCGAGUUUUCGGAGGCUAGGGAGGAUCUUGCUGCCCUCGAGAAAGAUUACGAGGAAGUCGGUGCUGAGGGUGCUGAUGAUGAUGGGGAAGAACCGGAGGACUAUUGAGUUAGUGGGGAUUCAUUGAGUUUGGGUGUGGCUCCAGUCUUGUUGAUUUGUUUUGUUGUACUUGUGCUAGAUAUGCUUUCAUGUUGCCAUAUAUUUCAAACCUUUGUGGUGGUGGUCUUCUUCCAUGCGUGAUUUUCCUUUUUGGAUUUUUAAAGUUUACUGGGUGUUAACAUGGAAUUGCUUAGAUUCACUUUGGUCAUCUUAUAUUUUGACUUGUAUUUUUGAGCUUAGUAGUUCUGGAUGACAA